GGGGGUGCGUGUGUCCCUUUGAAAACAACACACCUGUAUCCUGUGGAUAAAUGCCUAGUAGUGCAAUUGCUGGGUUGUGGGGUAGUUCUAUUUUUAGUUUUGUGAGGAACCUCCAUACUGUUUUCCAGAGUGGCUGCACCAGUUUGCAUUCCCACCAGCAGUGCAAAAGAGAUUCUCUUUCUCCGCAUCCUCACCAACAUCUGUUGUUGCCUGAGUUGUUAAUGUUAGCCAUUCUGACAGGUGUAAGGUGGUGUCUCAUUGUGGUUUUGAUUUGUAUUUCCCUGAUGAUGAGUGAUGCUGAGCAUUUUUUCAUGUGUCAGUUGGCCAUCUGGAUGUCUUCCUUGGAGAAAUGUCUAUUCUUGUCUUCUGCCCAUUUCUUCACUGGACUAUUUGUUUUUUUGGUGUUGAGUUUGAUAAGUUCUUUAUAGAUUUUGGAUCCUAACCCUUUAUCUGAUAUGUCCUUUGCAAAUAUCUUCUCCCAUUCUGUCGGUUGCCUUUUAGUUUUACUGAUUAUUUCCUUUGCUGUGCAGAAGCUUUUUAUUUUGAUGAGGUCCCAGUAGUUCAUUUUUGAUUUUGUUUCCCUUGCCUCCAGAGACGAUGUAAGUUGUUGUAAGAGUAAGAAGUUGCUGUGGCCAUGAUGAGAGGUUUUGCCUGCUUUCUCCUUGAGGAUUUUGAUGGCUUCCUGUCUUACAUUGAGGUCUUUCAUUCAUUUUGAGUUUAUUUUUGUGUAUGGUGUAAGAAAGUGGUCCAGGUUCAUUCUUCUGCAUGUCGCUGUCCAGUUUUCCUGGCACCACUUGCUGAAGAGACUGUCUUUACUCCACUGGUUAUUCUUUCCUGCUUUGUCAAAGAUUAGUUGGUGUCAUCUGCGAAGAGUGAAAGUUUGACCUCCUCCUGGCCAAUUUUGAUGCCUUUUAUUUCUUUGUGUUGUCUGAUUGCAGAGGCCACGACUUCCAAUACUAUGUUGAGUAACAGUGGCGAGAGUGGACAUCCCUGUCUUGUUCCUGACCUUAGGGGGAAAGCUCUCAGUUUUUCCCCAUUGAGGAUGAUAUUAGCGUUGGGUCAUUCAUAUAUAGCUUUUAUGAUCUCGAGGUAUGAUCCUUCUAUCCCUACUUUCUUGAGGGUUUUUUAUCAAGAAAGAAUGCUGUAUUUUGUCAAAUGCUUUCUCUGUGUAUAUUGAGAGGAUCAUGUAGUUCUUGUCAUUUCUUUUAUUGAUGUGAUGAAUCAUGUUAAUUGUUUUGUGGAUAUUGAACGAGCCCUGCAUCCCAAGUAUAAAUCCCACUUGGUCAUGGUGGAUAAUUUUUUUAAUGUAUUGUUCUAUACGGUUGGCUAAUAUCUUGUUGAGGAUUUUUGCAUCCAUGUUCAUCAGGGAAAUUGGUCUAUAGUUCUCCUUUUUAGUGGGGUCUCUGUCUGGUUUUGGAAUCAAGGUAAUGCUGGCUUCAUAGAAAGAGUUUGGAAGUUUUCCUUCCAUUUCUAUUUUUUGGAACAGUUUCAAGAGAAUAGGUGUUAACUCUUCCUUAAAUGUUUGUAGAAUUCCCUUGGAAAGCCAUCUGGCUCUGGACUCUUGUUUUUUGGGAAAUUUUUAAUUACUAAUUUGAUUUCUUUUUUGGUUAUGGGUAUGUCCAAAUUUUCUAUUUCUUCCUGUUUCAGUUUUGGUAGUAUAUAUGUUUCUAGGAAUUUGUCCAUUUCUUCCAGAUUACCCAUUUUAUUGGCAUAUAGUUGUUCAUAAUAUUCUCUUAUUAUUGUUUUUAUUUCUGUUGUGUUGGUUGUGAUCUCUCCUCUUUCAUUUUUGAUUUUCUUUAUUUGGGUCUGUUCCUUUUUCUUUUUGAUCAAACUGGCUAGUGGUUUAUCAAUUUUGUUAAUUCUUUCAAAGAACCAGCUUCUGGUUUCAUUGAUCUGUUCUAACGUUUUUUGGGUUUCUAUAGCAUUAAUUUCUGCUCUAAUCUUUAUUAUUUCCUGUCUUCUGCUGGUUUUGGGUUUUAUUUGCUGUUAUGUUUCCAGCUCUUUAAGCAUAAGGUUAGGCUGUGUAUCUGAGAUCUUCCUUCUAGGAAGGCCUGGAUUACUAAAUACUUUUCUCUUAUGGCCUUCUUUGCUGCAUCCCAGAGGUUUUGGGUUGUGGUGUUAUCAUUUUCAUUGGCUUCCAUAUACUUUUUAAUUUCCUCUUUAACUUCUUGGUUAGCCCAUUCAUUCUUUAGUGGGAUGUUCUUUAGGUUCCAAGUAUUUGUUACCUUUCCAAAUUUUUUCUUGUGGUUGAUUUCAAGUUUCAUAGCGUUGUGGUCUGAAAAUAUGCAUGGUAUGAUCUCGACCUUUUUGUACUUGCUGAGGGCUGAUUUGUGUCCCAGUAUGUGGUCUAUUCUGGAGAACAUUCCAUGUGUGCUGGAGAAGAAUGUAUAUUCUGCUGCUUUAGGAUGAAAUGUUCUGAAUAUAUCUUAAUUCCAUCUGGUCCAGUAUGUCAUUCAAAGUCUUUGUUUCCUUGUUGAUUUUUUGAUUAGAUGAUCUGUCCAUUGCUGUGAGUGGGUGUUGAAGACUCCUACUAUUAUGGUAUUACUAUCAAUGAGUUUCUCUAUGUGAUUAAUUGAUUUAUAUAUUUGGGUGCUCUCACAUUUGGUACAUAAAUGUUUAUAAUUGUUAGGUCUUCUUGGUGGAUAGACCCCUUAAUUAUUUUUUUAUUAUUUAUUAUUUUUUAUUUUUUAUUUUUUAAAUUUUACAUCCAAAUUAGUUAGCAUAUAGUGCAGCAAUGAUUUCAGGAGUAGAUUCCUUAAUACCCCUUACCCAUUUAGCCCAUCCCCCCUCCCACAACCCCUCCAGGAACCCUCAGUUUGUUCUUCAUAUUUCUGAGACUCCUCUAUUUUGUCUCCCUCCCUGUUUUUAUAUUAUUUUUGUUUCCCUUCUCUUAUGUUCAUCUGUUUUGUCUUAAAGUCCUCAUAUGAGUGAAGUCAUAUGAUUUUUGUCUUUCUCUGACUAAUUUCACUUAGCAUAAUACCCUCUGGUUCCAUCCACGUAGUUGCAAAUGGCAAGAUUUCAUUCUUUUUGACUGCCGAGUAAUACUCCAUUGUACAUAUAUAUCACAUCUUCUUUAUCCAUUCAUCCAUCGAUGGACAUUUGGGCUCUUUCCAUACUUUGGCUAUUGUUGAUAGUGCUGGUAAAAACAUGGGGGUGCAUGUUAGACCCCUUAAUUAUGAUAUAAUGCCCUUCUUCAUCUCUUGAUUGAGUAGGAUCUUCUUUAACCUCCAUGUACUUGGAGGCUUUCCAAAUUUUUUCUUGUGGUUGAUUUCAAGUUUCAAAGCAUUGUGAUCUGAAAAUAUGCAUGGUAUGGCUCAGUCCUUUUAUAUUCGCUGAGGGUUGUUUUGUGACUCAGUAUGUGAUCUUUUUUGGAGAAUGUUCAACAUGCAUUCAAGAAGAAUGUGUAUUCUGCUUCUUUUCAAUGAAAAGAUCUGAAUAUACCUGUUAAGUCCAUCUGGUCCAGUGUAUUAUUUACAGCCAUUGUUUCCUUAGUGAUAUUCUGCCUAGAUGAUCUUUCCAUUGUUGUAAAUGGAAUAUUAAAGUCCCCUACAAUCAUGAUAUUGUUGUCUAUACAUUCAUUUAUGUUUAUGAUUAAUUGAUUCGUAUAUUUGGGGGUUAUUAUGUUCGGGGCAUAAACAUUUAUAAUUGUUAGCUCUUUUUGAUGGAUAGACCCCUUAAUUAUGAUAUAAUUCUCUUCUUCAUCUCUUGUUAUAGUCUUUGUUUUAAAAUCUAGUUUGUUUGAUAUAAGUAUGCCUACUCUAGCUUUCUUUUGACAUCCUAUAGCGUGAUAGUUGUCCAUCCCCUCACAUUCAAUCUUCAGGUGUCCUCAGGUAUAAAAUGAGUGUCUUGUAGGAAGCAUAGAGAUGCGUCUUGUUUUUUUAUCCAUUCUGAUAUCCUAUGUCCUUUGAUUGGGGCAUUUAGUCCAUUUACAUUUAGAGUGAUUAUUGAAAGAUGGGUUUAGUUUCAUUGUGUUAUCUGUAGGUUUUGUGCUUGUGAUGUUGUCUCUGGUCCUUUGUAGGUUUUGCUGCUUUCCACUCAUAGAGUCCCCUUCAGGAUGUCCUGCAGGGCUGGUUUAGUGGUCAUGAACUCCUUCAGUUUUUGUUUGUCUGGGAAAGCCUUUAUCUCUCCUUCUAUUCUAAAUGACAGCCUUGCUGGAAAAAGGAUUUUUGGCUGCAUAUUUUUCCUAGUCAGCACACUGAAUAUUUCCUACCACUCCCUCUGGCCUGCAAGUUUCAGUGGACAGGUCUGCUACUACCCUUAUGUGUCUACCCUUGUAGGUUAAGGUCUGAUUGUCCCUAGCUGCUUAUCAGAAUUCUCUUUUCGUCUUUGUAUUUUCUCAAUUUCACUAUGAUAUGUCAUGGUGUUGAUCUGUUUUUGUUGAUUCUGAAGGGAGUUCUCUGUGCCUCCUGGAUUUGGAUUCCUGUUUCUUCCCCAGAUUAGGGAUGUCUCAGCUAUAAUUUGCUGAAAUAAACCUUCUGCCCCUUUCUUCCUCUUAUGGAACUCCUAUGAUAUGAACAUUAUUUUGUUUCAUUGAAUCACUUAGGUCUCUGAUUCUCCCCUGUGGUCUAUUAAUUUCCUUUAUCACCUUUUCUCAGCUUCUUCCUUUUCCAUAAUUUUAUCUUCUAUUUCACCUAUUCUCUCCUCUGCUUCUUCCAUCCUUGCUGUCACUGUGUCUAGUUUAUUUUGCAUCUCAUUUACAACAUUUCCUAAUUCAUCGUGACUAUUUCUUAGGUCCUUGAUCUCUGCAGCAGUAUAUUCUCUGCUGUCUUCUAUGCUUUUUUGAAGCCCAGCUAUUAGUCUUAUGGGUACUAUUCUACAUUCUUGAUCAGAUAUGUCGUUUCUAUCUGUUUUGAGCAAUUCUCUGGCUGUCAUUUCUUCUUGGAAUUUCUGUUGAGAAGAAUUCUUCCCUUUCAUCAUUUUGGCUAGUUUUCUGUGCUUUACAUGUUUUAAUAGCUUGUUAUGUGUCCUGCACUUGCGAGUACUACUAUAUUAAAAAGGACUGUCCAGGGUCUGGCACUUCAGGAAAUGUUUUUGGAGUGUGUUAUGUGCACUCUGUUGUUGUGCCUUGGCUGCUGUAUCUCACUACUUCUAGUGGUGUAUUGGACCGUCCACCAGGUAUGCUUUGAUUUUUCAUUGAAGCAACCCUGGAAAGGAGGACAAGGUGGGGGGAAGAAACCUUAUUGCAAACUAAGAGAUAAAUGAUUAGGGUGGAUAGAGAGACCAGUCAGAGAAUCAAAUAAUUUAUAGGGCUUAAUCCAGAAAGAGAUGAAAAUAAAGAAGAAGGAGAUACAGAAAAGGUAUAAAAAGAAUAUGGCAAAAGGUCUGAUUACACAAACAACCAGACCAAGAAAGAAAAAAAGAGAGAAAAAAAAAAAAAAGAAAGAAAAAGAAAAAAUAUGCAUAAUAAGAAUCGACUAAAAAUCAAAUCAGAAACUGUAAGUCUGAAUCCAUGGGAGGAGGAAAAAAAUUAGGAGAGCAGAAAGAUAAGGCAGGGAAAAAGAAGAAAAAAAAGAAGAAAAAAGUAAUUAAAAAAAGAAAGAAGAAAACAACAACAACAACAACAAAAACAGACUCACAUACAAAACCACAGGACAGUUGUCCAGUGGUGCCUUGGACCCCGUGGCUGUGCUCGUCUGGAGGAGGGGCCUACUGGUUCCGUGAGUGUCAAUCUCACUCCUGGAGAAAAGCCAUUGCUAGCCUCGGAGGGGUGAGGUUUGGUGUUAGGGGGUCCUGCCUCCACUGGGUGCCCCCUGCACUGGGUGCCGCUAUCUUGUUCCCUUAAGCCCCACUGUGUUGGUGACGGGGAGGAAAAUGGUGACACCCUAGUCCUCCCCCUGCACUGGGUGUCUCGAAACACACUGUUCAGGCAGCGCUCUCCAAGCAGCAUGGGCGGGAGCAGGCCGGGUUUGUCCGGCUCCCCAGUCUCCCUGCGUCCCGGGCACUCUACUGGGAUUCAAAACUCGGUGGCUUAAAGGAUCCCUCUCUGCACGGACCCAGAAUAGCACUACUCCGCCCGGUGGACAACGGGCCUCUGGCUGGCGCCUGCAGCGUCUUGUUCUUGAAGCAUUAGUAAACCCUCUUCUCACAGCACUGCAUGGAGGGGACAGCUUUCUUGCAGUGCGCCCCCAGAGCAUUACCAAGCCGGGGGCCGGCUCUCCUCCCCACCAGGUGCACGCAGGGCAGCCCGCAGGCAGUGGCUCUGGUCCGGAGAUAGUCCUGCAACCCUGAAAUCUCCGAUCUUCACUGCUGGGCUGCUUGCAAAGUAGAAACUGUCUCUCAUCUCUCUUUGUAUUCUUGUUUUCUGGACCGUGGUCCAGAAAGGUUUCUCUCUUGUCCAAAUACAAUCCCAUACUUCCAUAGCCUCUUUCUGCUCCUUUUGUUUCUCCACCGACGGGGUUACCUCCCUCUUCCUUGCCUCCGCAGCCACCCGAUUGGUCUCUCCCAAUUCUCAAACACGCACCUCUGAACUGCCAAGCUUCUCUCUGGCUCCUGGAGAGGUUCCAGGAGCCUGGAUUCCUGGAAUUCCAAGUGAUCUCAAUACUGCCGAGUUUGAGGGAGGAGGGAAGUUCUGGUAUCCCUCUUGUUGACUCCUCCCUCUUGAUUAAAUUUAGGUAGCCAGUGUCCCUUGUGGCUCUCCUUUGGACAGUGUAGCUCUAAAGCACGUCUCGGUAGCCUGUUUGCCUUGGAGUACCGUCUGGUCUUUUGCCCUGCAUAAACACGUAUGAACACGAAUGGCCAUCCUCUUCAGGUUUGCCCUGGAACGUCACCCGAUCUCCACGGUGCCAAGACUAUACUGUCAUCACCUGCUGGUCUCUUACGAAAAUAAGCAUAUCUUCUUAAGUUGCAGACCUUGGUGGAUAUGCAAUGUAAAGUCAUGUUAUAAUUUUCUUAGACGUCAGUCUCCAGGAGGAAGGGAAAAACAAAUUGCUCUUUUAACCUUCUGUAGGGCCACAAUUUUUGGUUGCUCCUUGAGAGAAUCUUUAUUCUGAGUCUCCUGAGGAAGACAUUGACUAAAAUGGUGAAGAUUGAGGGAGUUGGCGGAAAUAGUCCUUAGAUUAAAAAAAGCCUCUAAUGUAUUAACUCUGUUUUCAUUCUCUGACUUCCCUCUAGCGCUGACUCACUUGUAAUGCUCUGUCUCCACUAUCUACUGUGUUUCCCAUAUUCAAACCAAGACUAGAGGAUAGGUCAUUAGGAUAAAUACUUUGUAUUGUUUCUGGCUUUCAUGUACCCUGUUUGAACUGGCUCUCCUUGAUGGUAAGUUGCUAGCGGGCAAGGAUCACUAAAAACUAAAUUAUGUGCUAAUUUUAUGUGAAACUAGAUUGUUAUAGCACUCAGGUCAGCAGAUACAUGUUCCCUUUCCCCUCUCCCCAUAAAAAAGAGACCUCUUACAAUAAUCAGAGUCAUUUCCCAAGUAUUGGUUCUGUGCCCUGUCCCUCCUUUUGUUCCUUUUUGGGAUGGAGUGUCACCACCCAGCACCUAGCACAGUCUUUUCCAUAGAGUAGGUGCUUUGUAAAAGUUGAUUGAGCUUGUUGUCUUUUGUACUUCCUGCCUUCAGAUUAUGUGUCUUUGUAACUUAGUCUGAGGUGGAAGAGACUCAUUUCUGUCACUGUGCAAACCUUCCAACUGCCAUGAAUUUUGCAUACACACAUACCUCUGCCACAGAGCUGUAUAUUCAAAUUCCUCGGAACAAGAUGUGUCUUUUGGAUGUGGUCCCACUGCGAUUCUAAUUUUCUCAUGUAUGGUCCAAGUAGAGCACUUUAACUUUGUUCAGCCAAGGAAUAGAUAAAUGGCCCCGCAAAGAGGACCGGCGAGAAUUCUUUAUUUUGAGUUUCUAGGUUUUGCAUCUCUGCUUCUUACAGUUAAGAGUACAUGCGGAUACUUCAUCAAUGUCAGACUGAGUUUAUUCAUGUGGACAUUUUUAAUGUAAAUGAGAGCUGAGAUUAUUUUGUGUAUCCAUCAUUAGACCAUUUUGUUUGAGACCUGUGAACAUGGGUUGUGCUGUAAGUUCAACCAGCGAUCCCUGUGAUUUUUUUUUUUAAAGAUUUUUUGGGGGGGAGCAAUUUUCGGUUCACAGCCAAAUGAGAAGAGGAAGGUACAGAGAUUUCCCUUAUACUCUAGCUGCCCACAUGCACAGCCUUCCCUGUUAUCAGCAUCUCUCAGCAGAGUGGCACAUUUGUUAUAUUGGAUGAGUCUCCACUGACACAUCAUAACCGCCUAAAACCCAUAGUUUGUUUACAUUAGGGUUCACUCUUGGCAGUGUGCGUUCUGUGAGUUUGGGCAAAUGUAUAAUGACCAUAUAUCCAUCAUUCUGGUCUCAGAGCUAGUAUUUUCACCACCCUAAAAUUCCCCUGGGCUCUAUUCUAUUUCUCCCUACUCUCAUCCCCUGGCAACUGCUACUCUUUGUAUUGUCUCCAUAGUUUUAUCUUUUCCAUAGUGUCAUAGUUGGAAUCAGACAAUAUGUAGCCUUUUCAGAUUGACUUCUUUUACUUGGUAAUACACAUUUGAGUUUCCUUUAUGUCUUUUCAUGGUUUGAUAGCUCAUUUCUUAGCGCUGAAUAUUCCAUUGCUUGGAUGGACCACGGUUUAUCCUUUUAUCUAGUGAAGCACCUCUCAGUUGCUUCCAAGUUUUGGCAAUUGUGAAUAAGGCUCCUAUACACAUCUAUGGGCACUUUUAAUAGUUGGCUUCUUAGCAUUGUAUGGUAAUGAGCUAGAAUAGAAAAUCCACAGGAUUUAAUAAAAAUAAAGAGCAAAGGUAAAUGAAUGGUUUGAGGGUGAGCUUAGAGUCUGAACUGUGUGAUAUAGUGGAGGGAACACUAAUUCAAACAUCUAACUUCUUAAUUAUGCCACUACUUUGCAGAGCUAUUUUCCCUUCAACCCAUGAACAGACUUUAUCCUUUAGUGACACAGAACCCAAAUAGCAACCUGAAAUCCUUUUUUUUUCUUUUCCCAUAAUUUUUUCAUGCUUACUUAUUUCCUGAGAUGGUCUUCUCAUUUAGGUAUUUAGAAAUUGGAGGAAGGAUGGGUACUUUUUGAUUGACUGCUGGAGGGCAAUUGGGCCAAUAUAAAAGAUUUUGACUCUAGAGUGUUAGAACAGUUUUUAUUGUAAAGACAAGAAGGACAAAUGAGGUACUAGUUAGGGGAACAGGAACCUUCAAAUGAAGUCUUUUGAGUUUUUACAGCAAGAGCCAGAAGUUGCUCAGUGUCAUAAAGUUUAGGCAUUAAGUCUAACAACCGUGGAGGUGGGAAUCUUGGCUAGGUGAGGUCCACUUCUCAGGAGAGGGAGGAAGACCAUCUUUUCGUAGGAGCUAGUGUUUAUGCUAGACAUACUUCACGUUCAAGAGGAGAAACAGCAUGCUUCUGUGAAAUGAUAAGCCGCUGAGGUUUGACGGUGUGACCAGAAAGCUGGAAAGUGUGACUAGAAGCCGUGAUCUAAGCUCCUAGCUGACAAAGUGAAUACUGUCAGUAGGGGUUGAGGUAAGUUGUGUGGUUUCCCGAAUGGAAAAAGGCUUUGCAGCCAAGCAGGCAGGAAGUAAGUAAACAAAUGCUGUGUAUAUACAUAUGUUUUAUGUAUUAUGUGUCUUUUGAGCAAAAGUGAAUUCAGAAGACCUCUCACUGGCUUCUCUCUAAAAUGGAAAAAUCUAGAUUUUAUAGUCAAUUCCUCUUAACUCGAACCCCCUUGCUCAUCAAGCACACAUGUAGGCAUCGUAUCUCUUGUCUGUGCUGCAGUUACGAUAAGGGACCAGACAGACGUGGUAGUCACAGAGUUUACGUAGAGAAGACAGGCAGGUAUGGAAGUGCAAAAAGGUAAUCUGCAGCUGUCUAGGCUCCAUCGUGAGAACUCUCCACCCUUUCAUCAGCUAUAAGGAUGUAAAUCAAAACAGAAUAAAGGCUCAGCAUUACUAGUGUCUCCACAGGGACAGGAAAAUAUAAAUAGCUAGAUCUGAGGGCACAGAAUGGUUUUUCUAGGGCGGUAGUAGGAUGCCGCCCACAUUUUUCCAGUACUAAUGUGCCUGCCUGCCCCUUCCCACCUCCUUUCUUCCGAGCGUCUACACUCCAAACCUCACAUGUUAGGACAGAGAAACUAGCUCAGCCUGUCAGGACUUCUGGAUCGCAGUCCUGGCUUUUCUGCUAUUUAUAGAACCUUGGGAGAGAGAGGGAAAAAAUGACUAUUUAUUUUGAAGUCUGAGAAAUCCUAUCUGUAGUGCUAAUCUCAUUGAAGUCUUCCAAGUCUAUCAAGUGAGUGAUAUUCUCAUAGGACAUGGGAGGAAACCGGCUUGAAGAUCGCAAGUGACUGGUUCACAUUUUUGCAGCUAGAAAGGAUUUGAACCUUGGACCUCAAAUAAUAAUAUUUAACAUGUAAUGAGUGCCUACUGCGUGUUUACCAGGUCUGGUUGGCACUUGAUAGACCCGGUCUCACUUAACUCUCAUAACAACCUGAGAAGGCAAAUAUUCUCGCUAUCUUACUAUGAUGAACCCGACGUUUUAUAGGAGGGUAGUUACUUGCCCCACAUCUCACAGGGAAGCUAGUGCUGGUAUUUCAAGCCACCUCUGCCUGCUUCCAGAAUUCAUGCUUUGUAGCAUGAGGUUUGUUGCAAAUCCAAGCCCUUCUGAAUCCAUAUUCUGUCAGUGCUUUAUAUUCAGUCAGGCCUGAUUUUAAACAUGGGUCAAGACUUAGCAAGAACGUGGGUGUUGGCAAGUCAAUUAACUUCUUAACGUUAGUUUCUUCAUUUGUAAAAUAGGGACAGUAAUAAACAGCUCUCAGCAUUGGAAGGUUUUGAUAUGGUUGGAUGUACAGUGGGUCCUCCAAUAAAUGAUAGUGUCUCUCUCUGCCACUUUUUUGAUCACCAUGAAUAUUUCUCCCACCCCUGCUCCCAAUGUUCUCUCAGCAGAACUGGUUUUAUUUAUUUAUUUAUUUACUUAUUUAUUUUUGGCACUAGGAUAGAAGGCUAAGAUCUUUCUCUGUUUGGAGAUGAACAAAGUCGAACCAGGAGUGGGGUAAAGACAAGAAAAUGCCCAGCAGCAUGUAUUCUUGAAGUGUCCAGAACCUACCCAUGCAACUUUGCUUUGUCUUAUUGAAUUAAAUUAGUCUCUGGGAGGUAUUUCAGCUGAGUGCCUGCACAUGAUGACAAGUGGUGAUUCAGAGAUUCAGGACUGCUUUGGGGACAGCCAGGGACCAAACACUGGCAACAUAACCUAGACAUGGUGGUCCUAGCGGUGAGAACAGUCAGUAGCUGUGUUUGUAAAGUGGCAUGGAAGUGAGGUGGGCAGCAUGAGCAAACUGAAGAAUGAGAAAUCCUUCUAAAGGACAAUGCUUUGGUUGUGGCUCGACGUGGUAAGGGAAAAAAAGAAUAAGCAAGGAAUUUGGUCAGAGUCGGGUGAAAUAAGGGUGAGUUGUCUCUGCAUAACCAAUUUCUGUUUCUCAUCCCACCUCACUCCUCUCUGCCACACCCCACGUUAACCAUAAUCAUGUGAUGUGAAGGGCAACGUCAGUUGGUUUCAUAGAUCUGUAUGUCAGAAGACUGACAAGGACUGUAUUACAUGACAAUGAACUUCAGGGAGAUUUGGGUAUAUUCUGGUAAGGUCUGACUCAUAGAAACAGUUGCAGAGAUGAAUUUCCUUUAGCUGGAAGGUUGAAGAUCUUCACGAAGUAAGGUUCAUGCACAAAACUCAAAUGGAGGAAUACUUCAAUAGUAUCUCUUCUUAAAAGAUCAAACGUGAGCAUUUUCUCACACACCUAGUGAUGUACAAAUGGGAGCAACUUCACUGGAAGGCAUUUGGCAAUAUGUAUCAAAGUUCUUUAAUGUAUCGAUCCCAUAAUUUUAUGUUUAAAAAUUUUUUCUAAGACAGUAUUCAAAAAUAAGGCCAAAUAUUUUUUAUGUUAGCAAAAAACAUGUAAACCACCCAGAUGCCCAACCGUAGGGGAUUGCCUGAAUAAAUUGUGAUAUAAUCUGUCUGGGUAAUGACUAUAUAUGGUUUUUAAAAUCACAUUGUAGAUAAAUAUUUUUUAAAUGAGGAAACAUUUAUUAGGAAAUAAUCAAAAACAUCAUGUAUGGAACGAUUCCAACUUUGAUAAUAAACCCAGUGUGUGGAUAGAAAAACUAGAAGAAUAUACGUCAAAAUUUUUGUAGUGGAAUUAUGGACAUGUAAAAACAAUUUCUAAAAUACAUUUAUCUGUAGUACACAUAAAUGGAAAAAAGAAAUAAUACAUUUUUUUCAAAUAGCAACAUGGAAGACAAAGUUUCUAACAGGCUAUUUAAGAGUUAAAGAAUUUAGUUACUUAGAACUUAGAACAAAACUGUGUUCAUUUAUAUGUUCAGUCCUCAAAUAAUUGAUUUUGACUGUUAUUUUGCAAAGAGUUCGAAGUGGUUGGUUAGUUGAAAUGGAGGAAGAUAUACCUCAACAUCAGCCUUUUGAUAUAAUUUCCUUUCACCACUUUGGUCAAGAGGAGGGGCACUAAUUUUUGUAGUGUGAGCACCAUUCAGAGACAAUUCAUUUCUGCCUUCUGUCUUAUAGUCCUGACGCACACAAGGGAUCCAGGAUUGGAAAGGCCAGCUUCUUCCACCGCAUUUCUGGAUCAGUGUUCUCCACCUGCAUCACUGCCUGGCAUAGACACAGAUAUCAUCUCUUCACACUGAUUAAUAUAAGAACCAAGAGAUGAGCGAUCAGAAAGUGAUUUAUUCCACCCUGAGAUUUCUUCAGUCUCCUUCAGAGUCACAAAAUAGAAUAAGGCCAGGUAGGACUCAAAGGCCUGGGAAAACUGAUGACAAAGAGUUUUCAGUGCCAUGGCAUCUCAUUGCAGUGAUUCUUGGGAUCCUCUGUUUACUACUAUCGGUGACAGUUGCAGUGUUGGGGACAAAGAUUUUUCAGUAUAUUCAAGAAAACCAUCAGCAGAGGGAAAAUAUAAGAAAUUUGAGUCAAGAGUACCAAAUUGUGCAAAAUGACAGCUACUUCAAGGAGCAACUUUUGACAAAUAAGAUUUUGGAAUGUAACAGUCGUGAAAAUGAAAGUCUUCAGCAGAAAAUGAAGCAGGAUUUUAUAGAAAGGACAUGCCAGAGAAAAAAUAUAGGCAAACUCUACGAAAGCCACUGGUCCUGUUGUGGAAUAAAGUGUUACUAUUUUAUUCCUGAAUAUAAAAACUGGAAGGGAUGUAAACAGACAUGCCAAAGCUAUAAUUCAUUUCUUCUGAAGAUAAAUGAUCAAGAUGAACUGACCUUCAUUCAAACCCAAACUUAUUGGAAUUACUACUGGAUUGGAUUAUCAUAUAAUCGAGGAGAAAGACAAUGGAAAUGGAUUGACAGUGACCCACUUUUGGGGAUGCACUAUGCAUUCAUGAAUAUUUCUGGGAGAGGACAAUGUGCAUUUUUAUCUUCAACAAGAAUAACAAAUGCUGAGUGCUCUCAGAUGUACAGUUGUAUCUGUGAGAAGACAAUUGGUGAUAUUUUCUUUCCCUGCUUCAAUAAUUAUAAGAAAAUAUGAGAUAGAAUUUUGUAAUUUUUUUUGUUUGUUGCUGUGAUAAUUUGUGAUUAUUUACAAACUAAUGUUUUUGAUAGCAGGACUUAGUUUACUGUGGAAACGGAGAUGAGUUAGAGAAGGAAGAAAAUGUUCUUUUUGGACUAUGAUUUAAGAAAUCAGAUACCUGAUCUUUUCUUGAGGAAGAGGGCAAGAUUUUGUCUUUGGAGAGCAAUUUCCCCUCUCUUUAGUGGCCCUGAGAAAUUCUCUCUUUCUAUUUCCCUGAAGCAAUUAGACAUCUCUGAUAGUCUAGUCUUUUCCUUAUUAAUAGGCUGGGUCUUUCCUUAUUAAUAGGAUGAAUCAUUUAAAUAGCCUCGGCUUUGAGGGAUGGCACGAUUAAGAACUAAAAAAUAUUUAGCCUCCUCUCUCCCAUCUAGAUAAUCACCUCUCAUUAAAAUGUUUUUCUGUUGCUAUAAUUUUAUACUUCCUGAAUAGCUGAAACAACAGUACAGAAACUCUCAUGGGGCACCCGGGUGGCUGAGUUGGUUAAGCAUCCGACCUUGGCUCAGGUCAUGAUCUCGUGGUUUGUGAGUUUGAGCCCGGCGUCAGGCUCUGUGCUGACAGCUCAGAGCCUGGAGCCUGCUUCAGAUCCUGUAUCUCCCUCUCUCUCUCUCUGCCCCUCUCCUGCUCACACUCUGUCUUUCUCAAAAAUAAGUAAACAUUAAAAAAAUGAAAAAAAGCCCUUUCAUAUAGUCUUUGCACAUUUACCAUUUGUUAAUAUUUUGUUCUAUCUGUACUUUAUAGUCCUUCUCUCUUUCCCCUCCCCCCACCCUGCUCACCUGUUUGAUAAUAAAUCGGGGUCAUUAUGUCCCUUUCCUAAAUGUUUUAUUAGAACUGUACUUUGUCUUGUACAACCAUAGUAAAAUUAUCAAAACCAAGAAAUUUAGCAUUGACAGAGUACUGUGUUUUCAUCUAUAACCCAUAUUCAAAUUUAUCAACUAUCCUGAUUAUAUCAUUUAUAGGCAUUUUUCCUGCACGUUUCAGGGUCAUAUGAUACAUUUAGUUGUGAUGUAUCUUUUUGGUUUUUUUUUACAUUUUAUUUUAGAGAGAGAGAGAGAGCGUGAGAGGGGGAGAGCCAGAGGGAGAGAGAGCAGGGUCCAUGCUCAGUGCUGAGCCCAACGCAAGACGAUCUCACGACCCUGGAAUCAUGACCUGAACCAAAAUCAAGAGUCAGUUGCUUAACUGACUGAACCCCCCUCUCAGGUGCCCCAGUUGUGAUGUUUCUUUACUCUGGGAGAAUUCCUCAGGGUUCUUUGUUUUCCUUGACCUUGACAUUUUAAAAUACAGCUUUAUUGAGUUAUUCUUUCAUGCAAUAAAACGCAUCCAUUUUAAGUCAUGAGGUCAGUGGGUUUUUAACAAAUGUAUACAUCUCUUAAACACCAUCGGGUCAAGACAUAGAACAUUUCUAUCACCUGCAAAAGUUCCUUUCUUCCCUCUCACUACCCACGGGUUCCCAGACAACCAGUUACACAUUCUGUCACUAAAGGAUUAGUUUUGACUGUGAGAGAAUUUCAUAAUCAUGUACUCUUUCAUGUAUCAGUAGUUCAUUCUUUUUUUUCUUUUUCUGAAUAGUAUUCCAUUGUACCAAUGUACCAGAGUUGAUUCCCCCACCUAUGGAUAUUUGAUGUAGUUCCUAUUUUUGUCUAUUACGAAUAAACCUGUCAUGAAUACUUUUGUAUAAGUUUCUGUGUGGACAUGUGUUUUCAUUUUUUUUUUUAAGUUUUUUUAUUCAUUUUGAGAGAGAGAGAGAGAAAGAGAGAGAGAGAGCAUCUGCACAUACUAGUGGGAGGGAGGCAGAGAGAGAAGAGAGAGAAUCCUAAGCUGUGCUUACAGCACAGAGUCUGAGGCAGGGCUCCAUCUCAUGAACCAUGAGAUUAUGACCUGAUCUGAAAUGAACAGUCUGACGUUCAAUCUACUGAGCCACCCGGGUGCCCUCCUCCCCCCUUUUAAGUUCAUUUAUUUAUUUUGAGAUUUUUAAAAAAUUUUUAAGUGUUUGUUUAUUUUUGGGACAGAGACAGAGACAGAGUGUGAGCAGGGAGAGAGAGGGAGACACAGAUUCUGAAGCAGGCUCCAGUCUCUGAGCUGUCAGCACAGAGCCCGACGUGGGGCUCGAAUUCACAAACCAUGAGAUCAUGACCUGAGCUGAAAUCAGACGCUCAACCGACUGAGCCACCCAGGCACGCCAAUUUUGAGAUCAUUUUUUAAAAUUAUUAAAUACCUAGGAGUUUGAUAUUUGAGUCCUAUGGUAAGUGCAUGUUUAAUUUCAUAAGAAACUUCUAGUUUGUUUUCCAGUGGUUGCAACAUUUUACUUUCCCAGUAGCAACAUAUGAGAGUCCCAGUUGCUCCAGAUCAUUGCCAGUACUUGAUACUAUAAGUCUUAUAAAAUUUAGCCAUUAUGGGGCGCCUGGGUGGCUCAGUCGGUUGGGUGUCGGACUUCAGCUCAGGUCACGAUCUCGCGGUCCGUGAGUUCGAGCCCCGCGUCGGGCUCUGGGCUGAUGGCUCAGAGCUUGGAGCCUGUUACCGAUUCUGUGUCUCCCUCUCUCUCUGCCCCUCCCCUGUUCAUGCUCUGUCUCUCUCUGUCCCCAAAAUAAAUAAACAUUAAAAAAAAAAUAAAAUUUAGCCAUUAUGGUAGAUGUGUAAUGGUAUCUCACUGUAUUUUUAAUUUACAUUUCCCUGAAGACUAAUAACAUUGAGCAUCUUCUCAUGUGUUUUUUGGCCAUUUGUAGAUCUUCUUUUGUGAAGUGUCUGUUUAGUUUUUAGCCCAUUGAAGUGUCCAUUAAGUCUUAAGUUGGAGUUAUGAGUGUUCUUUAUGUAAUUUGUAUACAGAUUAUUUGUUAGAUAUAUGUAUUGCAAUACUUUCAGUCUGUCUUCUCUUUUCAUUUUCUUUUUUUAAAAUGUUUAUUUAUUUUUGAGAGAGAGAGAGAGACAGAAUGCGAGUGGGGGAGGGGCAGAGAGAGAGAGAGAGAGAGAGAGAAGGGGACACAAUCUAAAGCAGGCUCCAGGCUCUGAGCUGUCAGCACAGAGCCUGAUGUGGGGACGAACCCACAAACCAUGAGAUCUUGACCUGAGCCGAAGUGGGAUGCUCAACCAACUGAGCCACCCAGGGGCCCCUCUUUUCAUUUUCUUAAUGGUGUCUUCCCAGAAGCAAAAGUCUUACAUUUUCGAUGAAGCCUAAUGUGUUUGCUUGUUUGUUUUUUCUUUUUUGGUGCUUUUUAUGCCUUAUCUAAGAAAUCUUUGCCUACGUUAAAGUCACAGAGAUUUUUCUCCAAUGUUUUCUGCUAGGAGCUUUAUAGUUUUGAUUUAUAUGUUUAGUCUGUACUCAUUUCAUGUUAAUUUUUGGGUGUGAGAAAGGGUUGAGGCUUAUUAUUAUUGUUGUUUUUAUUUUAAUUCUCGUUAGUUUACAUAUAGUGUUGCAUUAGUUUCAGGUAUACAAUAUAGUAAUGCAACACUUCUGUACAACACUCUGUGCUCCUCACAAGAUGUGAACUCCUUAAUCCCCAUCACUUAUUUAACCCAUUCCCGCACCUUCCUUCCCCCUGCUAAUCAGUUUCUUCUCUAUCAUUAAGAGGCUCUUUCUUGAUUUAUCUCUCCCUCCCUUAUAUUUUCCCUUUGCAUUUUUGUUUUGUUUCUUAAAUUCCACAUAUGAGCGAAAUCAUAUGGUUUUGGUCUUUCUCUGACUGUUAUUAUUUUGCUUAGCAUGAUGCACUCUAGCUCCAUCCGAACCAUUGCAAAUAGCAAGAUUUCAUUCUUUUUUUAUGGCUGUGAAAGUAGUAUUCCAUUAUCUAUCUAUCUACCUACCUACCUACCUACCUAUCUACCUACCUAUUAUCUAUCUAUUAUCUAUCUAUCUAUCUAUCUAUCUAUCUAUCAUCUAUCAUCAUCAUCAUCAUCUCAACUCUUAUCUUUCCAUUCAUCAAUGGACACUUGAGCUGCUUCCAUAAUUUAGCUAUUGUAAAUAAUGUUGCUAUAAACAUAGAGGUGUGUGUACGCCUUUGGAUUAGUGUUCUUGUACUCUUUGGGUAAAUACCCAGUAGUGCAAUUGCUGGGUCGUAGGGUUGUUCCUUUUUGAGGAACUUCCAUGAUGUAUUCCAGAGUGGCUGCACCAACUUGCAUUCCUACCAACAGCGCAAACGGGUUCCCUUUUCUCCACAUCCUCGCCAACACCUGCUAUUUCUCGUGUGUUGUAGAUGUUAGCCAUUCUGACAGGUGUGAGGUAAUAUCUCAUUGUAGUUUUCAUUUGUAUUUUCCUGAUGAUCAGUCAUGUUGAGGAUCUUUUCAUGAGUCUGUUGGCCAUUUGUAUGUCUUCUGUGGGAAAAUGUCUAUUCAUGCUUUCUGUCCAAUUUUAAACUGGAUUAUUCAUUUUGGGGGUGUUGAGUUAUAGAAGUUCUUUAAGUAUUUUGGGUACAAACCUUUAUCAGAUAUGCCAUUUGCAAAUAUCAUCUCCCAUUCUGUAGUUUGCCCUUAGUUUUGUUGAUUGUUUCCUUCUCUGUGUAGAAAUUUUUAUUUUGACAAGGUCCCAGAAGUUCAUUUUUGCUUUUAUUUCCCUUCCAUCAGGAGACCUUUCUAGAGAAAAUAUGGUAUGGCUGAUGUCAGAGAAGUUACUGCCUGUGUUCUCUGGGAUUUUUAUGGUUUCAUGUCUCACAUUUAGGUUUUUCAUCCAUUUUGAAUUUAUUUUUGUGUAUGGUGUAAGAAAGUGAUCCGGUUUCAUUCUUUUGUAUGUUGCUGUCCAGUUUUCCCAACAUCAUUUGUUGAAGAGACUGUCUUUUGCCACUGGAUAUUCUUUCCUGCUUUGUUGAAGAUUAAUAGACCAUAUAAUUGUGGGUUUAUUUCCAGAUUUUGUAUUCUGUUGUAUUGCUCUAUGUGUCUGUUUUUGUGCCACUGCCAUACCGUCUUGAUGAUUACAGCUUUGUAAUACAGGUUAAAGUCCGGGAUUGUGAUGGCCUCCAGUUUUGCUUUUCUUCUUCAAGAUUACUUUGGCUAUUCGUGAUCUUUUGUGGUUCCAUACAAAUUUUAGGACUGACUGUUCUAGUUCUGUGGUAAAUGCUAGUGUUAUUUUGAUAGGGAUUACAUUAAAUGUGUAGAUGGUUUUGAGCAGUAUAGGUAGUUUACCAAUGUUUGUUCUUAUAAUCCAUGAGAAUGGAAUGUCUUUUCCAUUUCUUUGUGUUGUCUUGAAUUUCUUUCAUCAAUGUUUUAUAGGUUUCAUCUAUAGGUCUUUCGUCUCUUUGGUUAGGUUGAUUCCUAGGUAUCUUGUUAUUUUGGGUGCAAUUAUAAAUGGGAUUGUUUUUUUAGUUUCUCUUUCUUCUGUUUCAUUAUUGGUGUAUAGAAGAACAGUAGAUUUCUGUACAUUGAUUUGGAACGUGGACCUGUAUUGAAUUCGUUGAUCAGUCCUAGCAGUUUUUUGGUGGAGUCUUUUGGGUUUUCUAUACAUAGUGUCAUGUCACCUGCAUAUAAUGAGUUUUACUUCUUCCUUGCCAAUUUGGAAGCCUUUUAUUUCUCCUCAUUGUCUGAUUGCUGUGGCUAGGACUUCCAGUACUAUGUUGAAUAAAAGUGGUGAUUGUGGACAUCCUUGUCUUGUUCCUGAGCUUAGGGGAAAAGAUCUCAGUUUUUUCCCAUUAAAGAUGAUGAUAGGUGCUGGUUUUUAAUAAAUGGCUUUUCUUAUGUUGAGGUAUGUUCCUUCUAAACCUACGUUGAGGUUUUCAUCAUGAAUAGGUGUUGUAUUUUGUCAAAUGCUUUUUCUGCAUCUAUUGAAAUGAUCAUAUGAUUCUUAUCCUUUGUCUUAUUGAUCACACUGAUUGAUUUGUGAAUAUUGAACCGCCCUUGCAUCCCAGGAAUACUUGAUCAUGGUGAAUGAUUUUUUUAAAUGUUUAUUUAUUUUUGAGAGAGAAACAGAGUGCGAGCAGGGGAGGAGCUGAGAGAGAGGGAAACACAGAAUCUGAAGUCGACUCCGGGCUUUGAGCUGUCACCAACCGCAAGAUCAUGACCUGAGCCAAAGUUGGACACUUAACCAACUGAGCCACCCAAGUGCCCCAGUGAAUGCUUUUUUUAAAGACUUAAAUGCAUGUCUUUUUUUCCAGGUGUACAAUAUAGUGAUUCACACUUCCAUACAUCACUCAGUGCUCAUUACAGCAAGUGCCCUCCUUAAUCCCUAUCACCUAUGUCACCCAUUCCCCACCCACCUCUGUUCUAGUAACCAUCAGUUUUGUUCUCUAUAAUUAAGAGUCUGUUUCAGGGCGCCUGGGUGGCUCAGUCAGUUAGGCGACCGACUUUACUCAAGUCAUGAUCUCACAGUUCAUGAUUUUGAGCCCUGUGUCAGGCUCUGUGCCAACGGCUCAGAGCUUGGAGCCUGCUUUGGAUUCUGUGUCUGCCUCUCUCUCUGCCCCUCCCCUGCUCAUGUUCUGUCUCUCAAAUAAAUAAACAUUAAAAAAAAAAAGAAAAUAAACUUCCUUAAAAAAAAAGAGUCUGUUUCUUGGUUUGCCUCUCUCUCUUUUUUCCCUUUGCUCAAAUGUUUUUUUGUUUCUUAACUUCUACAUAUGAUUUUACCAUAUGUGAAAUACAGUAUUUGUCUUUCUCUGACUGAUAUAUUUCACUUAGCAUAAUACUCUGUAGCUCCACCCAUGUCAUUUCAAAUGGUAAGAUUUCAUUCUUUUUAUGGCUGAGUAAUAUUCCACUUGUCCAAUAUGGACACUUGGACUGUUUCCAUAAUUUGGCUAUUGUAUAUACUGUUGCUAUAAACAUCAGGAUGCAUGUAUCCCUUUCAAGAAAUAUUAUUGAGACUAUAUAAAAAUAAAAAGUUUCUACACAGCGAAGGAAACAAUCAGCAAAACUAAAAGACAAUCUAUGGAAUGGGAGCGAUAUUUGCAAAUGACAUAUCUGAUAAAGGUUUGUAUCCAAAAUACUUAAAGAACUUCUAUAACUCAACACCCCCAAAAUGAAUAAUCCAGUUUAAAAUUGGACAGAAAGCAUGAAUAGACAUUUUCCCACAGAAGACAUACAAAUGGCCAGACUCAUGAAAAGAUCCUCAACAUGACUGAUCAUCAGGAAAAUACAAAUGAAAACUACAAUGAGAUAUUACCUCACACCUGUCUAAGUGGCUAACUUCAACAAUACACGAGAAAUAGCAGGUGUUGGCGAGGAUGUGGAGAAAAGGGAACCCCUUUGCACUGUUGGUAGGAAUGCAAGUUGGUGCAGCCACUCUGGAAUACAGCAUGGAGGUUCCUCAAAAAGGUUAAAAACAGAACUACCCUAUAAUCCAACAAUUACACCAGUAGGUAUUUACCCAAAGAAUACAACAGUGAUAAUUCAAGGUUAAAGGAUUUUGUAACAUGUACUGUUGAAUUCGGUAUGCUAGUGUUUUGUUGAGAAUUUUUGCAUGUUUCUUCAACAGGGACAUUGACCUGUAGUUCCCUUUUUUAGUGGUGGCUUUGUCUGGUUUUGGUAUCAGGAUGAUGCUGGUCUCAUAGGAUAAAUUUGGAAGUUUUCCUUCCUUUUCUAUUUUUGGGAUAAUUUAAGAAGAAUAAAUAUUAAUUUUGCCUUAAAUGUUUGGUAGACUUUGCCUGUGAAGCCACCUGGUCUUGGACUUCUGUUUGUUGGGAGUGUUUUGAUUACUGACUCAAUUUCUUUGCUGGUUCUUGCUCCGUUCAAGUUUUCUAUUUCUUCCUGUUUAAGUUUUGGUGGUUUUAUACAUUUCUAGGUAUUUUUCCAUUUCUUCUAGGUUGUCCAUUUGUGGACAUAGAGUUUUUCGUAAUAUUCUCUUCUAAUUGUUUGUAUUUCUGUGAUGUUGGGUGUUAUUUCUCCUCUCUUAUUUGUAAUUUUAUGUAUUUGAGCCCU